UUUUUAAUCAGAACGACCCGAUUAGUAACCUUUCAAAAUGGCGUCAUUACUUUCGCAGUUGUCCCGCCGUGUCGUGCGUAGUGCUGGCCAUGGUUUGAGAUUGCGCAAUGGCAGCACCAAGACUGCCACCAGUGCUGCAGCUUCCAAGGGACUCAACUUUGAGCUAUCACCGGAACAAAGAGAGUAUCAAGAGCUGGCAAAGAAGUUUGCCAGGGAGGUCAUCAUUCCUGUGGCAGCGCAACAUGACCGCACAGGGGAGUACCCAUGGGAGGUCAUCAAGAAAGCCUGGGAGUUGGGCCUCAUCAACACACAUAUAGAUCAGGCAUAUGGUGGUUUAGGGCUGGGCACAUUUGAUGCAUGUAUCAUUACCGAGGAGCUGGCAUAUGGCUGUACAGGCAUUCAGACAGCCAUUGAGGCAAACUCUCUUGGGCAAAUGCCUGUGAUCCUGGCUGGAAAUGAAGAACAAAAGAAAAAAUACCUUGGCAGAAUGACAGAGGCACCUCUCAUGUGUGCCUACUGUGUGACUGAGCCAGUUGCUGGCUCUGAUGUGUCUGGUAUCCAGACUAAGGCAGUGAAGAAGGGCAAAGACUGGGUGAUUAACGGCCAGAAGAUGUGGAUAACAAACGGUGGCCAUGCCAACUGGUACUUUGUGCUGGCUCGCACAAACCUUGAUAAGAGUUGUCCAGCAGGAAAGGCAUUUACUGGUUUUAUUGUGGAAGCCGACACCCCCGGUGUGAUCAAAGGAAGGAAGGAGAUCAACAUGGGCCAGCGAGCGUCUGACACCAGAGGGAUCACCUUUGAAGAGGUUGUGGUCCCAGCAGAGAAUGUGUUAACUGCAGAAGGAAUGGGAUUCAAGAUUGCCAUGGGAGCUUUUGACAAGACACGACCUCCAGUUGCUGCAGGAGCUGUAGGUCUGGCCCAGAGAGCCAUGGACGAGGCACUCAAAUACUCCAUGGAGAGGAAGACCUUCGGCAAGUUCAUAUGUGAGCACCAGGCAGUAGCAUUCAUGCUGGCUGACAUGGCUAUAGGCAUUGAGUCAGCACGUCUGGCCAUGUACCGGUCUGCCUGGGAGAUAGACCAGGGCCGCAGGAACACCUACUACGCCUCCAUUGCCAAGUGCCUUGCAGGGGAUGUGGCCAACAAGACAGCUACCGAUGCUGUACAGAUAUUUGGGGGAAAUGGCUUUAACUCUGAGUAUCCGGUUGAGAAGUUGAUGAGAGAUGCAAAGAUUUACCAGAUUUAUGAAGGCACAGCCCAGAUACAGCGUUUGAUCAUCUCCCGAGAAAUGCUAACGAAGGCAAGACAAUAGUCUGUCUGCAGGUCUAACCACGCCAGCAUGGACCAACAUACAGUGAUGGCUGUCUCUGAUUGAUUCUCUGUGUUCAGUGAAUGUUGGACUCUGAAUGAACAUUCACUACGAAAACUGUAACAUAUUAAAAUUGUUGUGUUGAUUUUAAUUGUUUCAUGAAAUUUUCAGUUGACUUUGGUCUUGCUGAGUAUUCAGUAAAGAGCUCUUUAAUUAAUAUGUACAUUAUUAUGUGUAUGAUAAAUUAUAAAUAAAAAUAAAAUGAAUGUUGGAUUAUUGUUAAUAUAUUGUAAAGAAAAUAAAUGAAUAUAUAUUUA